UACUGAGCUGGGCAAAAUCUCCAACAUGGCUGGUCUCGUGGACAGUAUCUGCACCAUCAUUGACGUCUUUCACAAGUAUGCCGACAGGAAGAGUGAGAGUUCCUCCAUGAAGCGAAGGCAGAUGAAAAGACUCAUCCAAAAAGAGUUUGGUGGCGUUCUAGAGAACCCUCGUGAUCCUCAGAUUGUCAAGCUGACCUUCCAACUGUUGGACGUGAAUGGAGAUAAUCGUGUUGACUUCAAUGAGUUCCUCUUCUUAAUCUUUGAAAUGGCCACCGCUUGCUAUAGUGUCUGGCAUCCUCGGGAGUGUUUUUCAUACAAUGAGGAAAGGAGGAGAGCCGUGCGUGAUGAGGAACCACGUGGGGAUGAAAGCAACCGCCAGGAGUUUCCGGGGGAGGACAGAAGAAGAGACGAUGUUCGUGAGAGACGAGGUGCAGAUAGGACCCCCCUUCCAUCCAUGGAAGAAGGCAGACGAGGGGAACGUUCCAGUGAACGUCGAGAGGAAGUAGACCGCCACUUUGAAGGACACGAUCGUGAGUUGAGAGAUGGUGAUAGGAGAGACCAUCCAUCUCGGGAGCUUCAGGAGAGAGAGCCUGAACAACGACGCCUUGAGCCCAAAGAGUGGGAAGAUGUUGACAUACCAGAACCCCGUCAACGGAGACUACGGGAAUCAACACUGGAAGAAGACUCUCCACGUCAGUCCCGAGAACUUGUGAGAAGAAAUGACAAUGACAGACGUGAAGUUCGGGGUCUCCUGGACAGGGAUGAAGAAGACCUGUAUUCUCCAAUAGUCAUAUCCAGGAGGGAAGAUGGGAGACAACGUCGGGGACGAGAGACUGAACAUCAGGAAGCUGAGGGAAGACUCUUCAGACAUGGUUCUCAAGCCCGAGUAGAUAGAGGAAACCAUCGUCCAGAGUACGAUGUUGAAAGGGAUCAGCCGUCUCGUGAACGGCGAGAAGUGGAAGAUGGAAGGGGGGAGCUGGAAAUGCACAAUGAGUCGAGAUCUCGUGCCUUUGAACCCCGUGUGGCUGAUGAUCGCCGAGAUCGGAUUCGUCACCGUAGCCCAGUAGAGGAACAUGAGGAGCAUCGCCCACUGUUCAGAGAAGGUGAGAGAAGAUCACAGUUCCAUGAAGAUGACCACAGAGAGAGUGAGAGGAGGAGACAAGGACGCUCUGUCUUUCAAUCAAGAGAAGAUGUUCGUAGAGCAAUCCGGGCAGAAGAGGAAGAAGUCAGAACAUCUGAAAGGAGACGUGUUGAAAAGGAGUGGAGCAGACCACGACCACGUGAAGCUUCAAGAAGACCAGAAGUGGAAGAUCUGGAACGCAGAGAACGAGAGACAAGGAGGCCCCAUUCUUCUGAGCUUGAGAACAUGGACAGACCUUCCCGGUCUCAUGAGUCUGAAGGCAGAGAAGAGGUCAGAAGAUCCCAACAUCCUGAGGACAUAGAGCGGAGAAGCCGGGAGUUCAGCCAGGAGGAAACCCGUGCAACGGAAAGCGGAAGAAGGAGACCCCAAUCCCAAGAACCUGAACCCAGGGACCCCAAGUAUGAUAGAUCUCAAAGUUAUGAAGAGCCAAGGAGAGAUGACCAGAGGAGACCCCGUAACUACGAAGUUAGGUCCCAAGAAAGAGAUGCUGAAAGGAGGCGGCGGCUCCAGCCUCGUGAAUUAGUUGAGAGAGAAGACAACCAGGAGGGACAACAUUAUGAACGUGAAUCCCGGGAUAGGGAGAGAGAUGGGAGACGUGCCACGUCACUUGAAGCUGAAACCAGAGAUGAAGUCCGGAGAAGGCCUCAAGAAAGUGCCUCCAGAUAUGGUGAAAGGGAGAGACUUCCAGAAGGAGAUGCCCGAAGGAGACGUACAGGACGAGACAUGGCGAGUCCUUCUGAUGUUGGCCAGAGAGAGUUUGAUCCCAGCAGCCCACAGCAGAUUUCCAGACGCAGAGCCCCUGAACUCAGAAGAUCUGAGCCCCGUAGCCUUAUGCCAGCCACGAAGGACUAGAAAACGAAGGUUGAAGCCAGAGUAAGCAGCAGUGAGGUAACUAUAAGUUCUCCAGACCUUGAGAAACUCCCAGUAAUUCUGGUCCAUCUUAUCUAAGACAAAAGUUGCUGGGAACAGUAAUUUGAUCAAUAUCUGGAGAGGCUCUGGAUUCCUUGGCCUUCUUUUGGAAUCUUUGACCAGGAAGCCAACCGGUUUGUUUGUAGUUGUAGCCUUAUUAUAUUCAAUAACACUAUAUUUUCCCACCUAUCCCAGCCAUUCGAGUAACGUUGAAGGAACCAUGAUGAGCAAACUGAAGUCACCCAUCAAGAGCAUUUCUCAAGGUGGACUAAUGGAAACCAGCCUGGUUCUUCCUUGAUAUUCAACGUACGAAAGUGUCCUGCAUGAAUGUGUUCACCGUUGAUCAAAUGACCGUCAACUCCAUUGGAUUGUUGAACACCAACAGCCCUCUAUUUUUCCCUUCCCCUUUCUUUAAUUUUUCUAACUUUGGAUUUAGGGUAAACUUGGUGGAUUAGUGGGUUUUUGGUGGACUACUGGUGAUGGAAAUGAAACAAGAUAAAUAAAGAGCAGUUUCUUCUAAA